GGUGCAGCGUGCUCAAAAAUUUACUAUUAUUCGUUAUUUCCAGAAACCAGUAUCUCCCAAUCCAUCUAUUCAAUAUACAGACGAAGAAAUAAACAUCAUACUCGACUGGAACUGUGUGGGUGUCAACGAAAGACGUUGAAGAAGCCGUUGCGCUAUGGGUUAGUCUGUUUAAAAUUUUUGAGAUUAAAUUCGGGCCUCACAGUACGACAAUACGGUUAUUAUAUUCGAUUAUAUUCGAUGAUAAAGGAAGUGCUUCGAAUUCAACCAGAAAGUUACUGAAUGAAUGGGAUAUUAAAAUCACCUCAAAAGUGCCACGAAUAAAAGCCAAUGACCAAGAACAACAAAAAACAGAAGAAACAUCACCUGCGAAAAUACUAAAAUCACCUUUAAGUUCAUCGGAUUAUUCAAUUAAUUGUUCAACUACAAAUUAUCAAAAAGAGAAACAAUCAACAGUCACCGACGAAAACAAAUCAAAACGAAAAGCCGAUAAUAUCGACAAUGUAAAAGAUGUCGAAAAUAUCGAUCUAUCAGGGAAAAAAAUGAAAUUAGAUACAACAACAUCGAGUGCAACAAUAAUUAAUUCAGUGCAGAAAAAGAAGACGACAGCGAAACGACAUGGUACUGGCAUUAGCAACAUUUUUAUCGAUUCAGACGGAGAGGAAGAUCAGACAUCAACACAAUCUAAAGUUGCCGAAAGAGUUCAGCAACGUAAAAGAAGACCAGUGAAUCAUCGCUAA